GUGGCAUCCAGAAAAAAUUGCGAUUGACACUGACAUAAAUCGACCGUGUUGCGUUAGUUGAAGGUGGCGCUGCCUAUGGAUAGCAGUGAUAGCACGUGACUAAACCUUCUUCAGUGUAUAUGUUUUGUGGUGGUAUGCGUUUACGAUUUGAAUUUUCAAUUUGUUGAUUUGUUGUUUUCAAUUCUAACCUAGUUUUGUAAAUCUCGAAGUUUUCGCAUGUUUAGUGGUUUUCCUAUUGCCGAAAAAUGAAGGGAUUACAUGAAUUUGAAGUUCCUAACGAUGGUGAAAUAUGCCUUUGUGAAAUCAACGGACGAGUACACUCUGUGAAUUACGAAUAUGCUAAUCUAGAUGCAUUUACUGAUGCGCUUAAAAAUCAUCCAAAAAUACACAUCACCAGAGAUCAAUUGCACCUGAUAAGCUCAGGGGAUGAAGGCAAAGCACUGUUCUUACCUGUAGAUGUUUCAUUUCUAAAGCAGCUUACUCAGGUUUAUUAUGAGCAAGGUUUCACAGAAACCCUACAUACAGCUAGUGGUCACAAUCAGUGGUUUAUAAGAAAGGGCUCCAAAUUAAUUUUAGAUGUUUUAAAGUACAUAAAUAAAGUCAGAUUAAUUUUCAACCCGAAUGUUCGCUAUAGCGGGCCAACUCUAAUAAAUGAAUAUGCUCAAGGAAGAAAUUGGUUAAAUUCCACAAUAAGAUGUAUCGCAUGGCAUCCUUACUCGUCAAAGGUAGCUAUUGCUACAUGUGAUGAUAGCAUAAGAAUUUUUAGCAGUGAAUGUGGAUCUAUAACACCUAUACUCAGAUGUAAGCAACAGAAACAUGUUACUUGCAUUGCAUGGAGACCCCUGUCUAACACUGAGAUUGCUGUAGGACAUGAAGAUGGAAUCAUUAUUUGGAAUGUGGAUCCUAAUUCUUUGGUGGUUAGACCAUCGAUUAGCAAUGCAGUUGUUUUGAAGCGAUUGGAGCAUAAACCAGUCAUCAGCUUAGCUUGGUCGCCGAGAGGAGAUAAGUUAGUAACUGCUGCAGCUUGUGAUAACACAAUAUUAGUAUGGGAUGUAGAAUUGGACCUGACCAGUUCUUUGAAGAGAUCUGGUGGCUCUGGUAACAUAUUGGUGAAAUGGUCACCUACAGGGGAAAGGCUGUUCAGCUGUUCAAAUACAUUGGUGUUUAGGAUAUGGGAUUGCCGUACAUGGGACUGUGAACGUUGGUCUUUACCAUCCAUGGGCAGAAUUCAGUCAGCCUGUUGGGCGGCAGAUGGCUCAGUUUUGCUGUUUGCUGCUGAAGGGGAUACUGUGCUCUAUGGGGCUGUAAUCGAUUGUGACAUAGCCUUUGUCUCCAAUGGGGAAUCACUGGAAAAACAGGCAUGCCCGUUAUUUGAUAUGUCACGCGUAGACGUGGAGGGAAUCCCAUUAGGAGGACCAAUAAGGCAAAUUGAGGCGGACCCCAAAGGAAGGCACGUUGCUGUACUCUUCCAGGAUACAGACUGUAUUGCUGUGUUUGGAGUUGUUAAAAGGCCGCAAUUGGCGCUAAUACCAAGCUCAUUAAUCAUGGGUUUGGCUGAAGAGAAACCAAGUACCAUAAGCUUCAUACAGGACUUCGACUCCGGAUCAUGUUUAACAAUAGGAUGGUCCAGUGGAAGGCUACAAUAUUAUCCGAUUAUAUACUCUGAUCUUGGGGAAUCACAUAAUAAGUCUGUGAACUGCUCAUAUAAUUCAUUUAAUGCUAAGUCUAUUCAUGGUCAAGGUUUGUAGUUUUUUUAUUUAUCGAAUAAAUUAUCUUAUAAUUAUUUAAAAUAGUUUUAUUGCAAUAUUAUUUUAUUUCAGUUUUGGAAACUAAUGUUUUCUAGAACGCUAGCGAUAUUCGUGAUAUCAAUCAAACUGAUUGCUACAUUUACACGUACACCUCAAAAUGGCCUAGGUCUAGGCUUGGUCUCUCGUCUCUGGGACACGCAACUAUCCUCUAUGCAGGAGGUACAUGUUUGUCUUAGUAAGACUUUUCCUACAAAUAAUAAAUAAAU